AUGCACUCGCACCAAGAGGUUAAAGCGGCACUCGAGGCAACCAAAGAUGUUGACCAGACGUUUUGCCUAUCUGUCAACAACGUUAUUCUCGUCUUCUCUGCCUCUCAGUAUGAGCACACUAUGCACUGUCACAAGGUUCUCCAAAUGCUAGAAGACCGUUCGAUGCGUAUAAAUAUCAAUGACUGUGUUUUCAAUUCUAAAAACAGCAUCGACGCAGGUAUUCAAUUGGAGCAAGUCGGACAUCACAAGAUCUACAUGGUUAUGAACAAGGGCGUGCAAGGGCGGUGCGAAUUACAAAGUGUCAUCGGCUUUUACUACUACUCAAUCGGCGCAAGGGUUACAAUUAACGAUCCGCAAUCCGUCGAGCUCCCCGCGGACUACAGCCAGCCACUUGGCUGCUUGGAAAGCUUUCAAGGAUAUAGCUGUAACGCAUGCCGCUUCUUGACCAUCAACAAAAAGAACGCCAUCACCCAUCGGACUCAAAGCGGGCACAGGUUCAGCCCGGGUGAAACGGGGUGGAAGAGCGUCACGCUGCAGACAUUUUCACGAGGCGCGCAUGCCAGGUAUUGGAUCGUCGACGCAAUUGGUCAACCUAUUGAUGCGAUUAGCGAUAGCAACGGAAAUGAUGCCGACGACGAUGGUAACGAUGAUGUUACUGCGUUGACGAAAAUGGCCGAGGUUUGCGAGCAAGGCAUACUAGAGGAAGAUAAAAAAAGACGGCAGCUCGUGGAGGCGCCAGGCGGAGUCAAUACAGAUUCACGAUGGGUCAAGUUUAUGAAGCUGGCACAGCAUCUGAAAGAUAAGAACCGGAAGAUGCUCUACGAGACAGCUGCGCCGCUGGCGCCGAAAGCGGUCGAAAAACGGUGGAAUCAUCAAGAGGCGAUCAAGGCGAACCGACGGCUUCGGCAACUUGGAGAUAGCUACGACCGGGUUCUCGCAAGGUGCACAGCAUUGGCUUUUGGUGUGAUGGUAUAG